GUUUUUAUUUGCAUUUUCAGAUCAGAAGCUCAUUUCUGCACCGUUUUACUGAAGAACCCAUUAAAAGAGCCAGUGGAUCUCCUAGAAAAUGGCAUUCACUGACCUUACAUCGAGGACUGUGCGUUUUUAUGAUAAUUGGAUCAAAGAUGCUGAUCCAAGAGUUGAAGACUGGCUCCUCAUGUCCUCACCUCUACCACAAACCAUCAUCCUGGGGCUCUAUGUCUACUUUGUCACAUCUCUGGGACCGAAGCUCAUGGAGAACAGGAAGCCUUUUGAACUCAAGAAAGUGAUGAUAACGUACAAUUUUUUCAUAGUACUGUUUUCUGUGUAUAUGUGCUACGAGUUUGUGAUGUCUGGCUGGGGAACGGGUUAUUCGUUUCGAUGUGACAUUGUUGACUAUUCUCAGUCACCAAGAGCAAUGAGGAUGGUGCACACCUGCUGGCUUUAUUACUUCUCCAAAUUUAUUGAGCUGUUAGACACUAUCUUUUUUGUUCUGCGUAAGAAAAAUAGCCAAGUGACUUUCCUCCAUGUCUUCCAUCAUACAAUCAUGCCAUGGACCUGGUGGUUUGGAGUCAAAUUUGCUGCAGGUGGCUUGGGCACCUUCCAUGCCUUUUUGAAUACAGCCGUGCACGUGGUCAUGUACUCCUACUAUGGGCUGUGUGCAAUGGGACCAGCCUACCAGAAGUAUUUGUGGUGGAAAAAACAUUUGACAUCUUUGCAGCUUGUCCAGUUUGUUCUUAUCACCAUCCACAUAGGCCAGAUCUUCUUCAUGGAAGACUGCAAUUACCAGUACCCUGUAUUCCUGUAUAUCAUCAUGAGUUACGGAUGCAUCUUCCUGCUGCUCUUCCUCCAUUUUUGGUAUCGCGCUUAUACCAAAGGUCAGAGGUUGCCCAAAACUAUAAAAAAUGGAAAUGUGAAAACCAAGAAUCACUAAAAUACAAAGCGCAGCCUGGAUUUACAGUUGAGACUGAUAUCUUGCCUUCCUUGACAAUCAAGAGAUACUUGCCUAUGCAGCGCAUUUUGUAUAUGUUUCAAAACCAAGAGCUUGUAUUUUUAUGAUAAGUUAUUUCCAAUCUUUGAGAGUCCAAAGCUCCCAGAUAAGUCUUCUCAGUGGGUGAGCCUGGAGCAUCCAGGAGGUUUCCUGCUGCCUUUCAAGCUAAUCAAAGGUAUUAGUGCAUUUUGCUCCAGUGAGAGGAGGUUAUGAAGUAAUACAGUACUCUUUUGAGGAUAGAUGAAAAAUACUAGUUAUUUUGAACAUGGCCUGAGAUCCACAGAGUACAAUAGAUUCCUCCUGCCUGGUCUGGAAACCCCUGAUUCUGGGUUCUGGCUCAGUCACUUAUUCCAUGUAUUCAGAAGACAUUAUAUUCACUGUGGGGCUCAGUUCCCAAUCUAAAGUGCUAACACAGGUGAAGCCUACGUAGAUUGUUGAUAAGCUCUCAUUCUAAAUUGUUAAUGGUAAGUUUGAAUGCCUCUUCUGAGUGCUUGCCACCA